UCUCCGCCCCGCCCCCUCCCGUCCUCCUCCUCAGCUGCCAUAUUUCGCCGCUCUUCCUCUCGUGUGUCAGCGAAGAGUGAGGGGCGGAGGAGGAGCAUUCGCCGCUCUUAAAGGGGCCACGGUGCCUGGCGGUGGGCCCCCUCCCCCGUCCCUUAUAUCCAUAGGGAGUCCUCAACGGAACAGCGCUGCUCGCACCAACGCGGGGAGAUGGAGUGGGCGGCGGCGGCGGCGGCGAGAGAGCUGGCGCUCCGGAGCGAAGCCUGAGCGAGACGCUUGCUUGCGUGGCUCAGUUGGGAGUUCCUCGUGGAUCACAACUCCCAUUGCCUUUUUCCAGCGAGGCAGCUUGGGAGAUGAUGGACCACGGGCGCCAGGGCCACCAGCGGGCCUCCGAAACGAUUCGCAAGCAGAAGCGCAAGGAGCUGGACGCGCGGCGAAGCAAGUGCCGCAUCCGGAUCGGCAGCCACCUGGAGCAGUGGUGUCAGCUGAAGGAGCAGCUGGGCUUCUCUUUGCACUCCCAGCUGGCCAAGUACCUGCUGGACAGGUACAGUUCACAAGGCUCAGUUCCAAAAACAGGACAGGAGAGCUCCAAAGUUGUUUCCGAGCCUCUUCCUCCUGACGCUCUGCAGCACCUCGUCGUCCUUUCUCACAAUCACAGCCAGGAAUGUGGCUUCAUCCCUAACGUGAAGCCCUCGUUGCUGGAGCAGAAAGAAGUCCCAAGCAGCAUGGUAUGGGAGUGCCUGGCCGGCCACACCUUCUCUUGGAGCCCCCUCACCUCGCAGACCUGCCCCCCGUCCCCCUGCAAGGCAGCCUCCAGGUCUCCAGAGGAGAAAGCCGUGCGUUCCAAGCCCAGCCCCCCGCCCUCCCGCAUCAUCCGGCGCCGGCGUUCCCUCCGCAGAGCGGCAGCAGCUCACGCCUUCUCCUUAGCACUCGCUUCGAACUCACCAAGCCCAGUGGACGAGGCAGAGCCAUCUUCCAAAGAGGAUGGGGAGGGCGGUGCGGACGGAGAGAGAUUGGCGUGCCUCUCUCCUGGCAGCGGAACGGUCCUUGGCGAGGAGGCGGGAUUGCUGAGCGACCAGAACCCCGAUGAGACAGCGACUCCCUCCGAAGAGAUUCCAGCUGACGCAGAAGUCACAGAACCUGAAAGCACUUUGCCUCUACCAGAGGAGACGCCAGAGUCUGUGCCUGACCAACCAGAGCAGGAAGAUGACGAAAGAGAGGAAGACAAUCUGGUACAUACAGAUGACCUGCAAGAUGAGAAUUAUCAGCCUUCCCUGGACAGUUGCAAGAAGCGGGCACAGCCUGGUGAUGAGGAUGUGGCCCAGAUUGGUCCAAAGAGAAUCAGGAAGGCAGCCAAGCGAGAGAUCCUCCUCUGCGACUAUGAUGGCUGCGGAAAGAUCUUCUCCAACCGCCAGUAUUUGAAUCACCACAAGAAAUACCAGCACGUUCACCAAAAAACGUUCACCUGCUCUGACCCCAGCUGCGGCAAGUCCUUCAACUUCAAGAAGCACCUUAAGGAGCACGAGAAACUGCACAGCGAUAAAAGGGACUACAUCUGUGAGUUCUGCGCCCGCUCCUUCCGAACUAGCAGCAAUUUGAUCAUCCACCGGCGAAUCCACACUGGAGAAAAACCCUUACAGUGUGAGAUCUGUGGGUUCACCUGCCGCCAGAAAGCCUCCCUCAACUGGCACAUGAAGAAGCACGACGCGGACUCCUUCUACCAGUUCUCCUGCGACCUCUGCGGCAAGAAGUUUGAGAAGAAAGACAACGUCACCGCGCACAAGAGCAAGAGUCACCCCGAGGUGGCUGCCGGGCCUCCGCAGCCUGUGCAGGAACCCCCGGCUCUGAGCCACCCGCUUGCUCUGGAGCCGUUGGAAAACCCCGUCCAGAGCCAGCCCGGCAACCCACCGAGGAGGGCGGAGGAGUCCGCCCUCAUCAUCGCAGUCACUAUCGAGUAAUUGGGCCGGGCCAAUCGAGAAGCAAAAUGGCAGAGAGGAUUCCUGGCAAAUCCUGUCGGCGACAGAAAUGGACUCCGGCGUUUGGUUCGCAGUCGCAGAAGGAUGCAAGAUGGAGACCCCAGAAAGGGGUCUGGAAAGCCCCGACCCCAGGAAGGAAUGUCUUGCCAGCUGCAUCCCUUCAGCGCAGCUGCUUUCGGACUCGGUAACUGCAACACAAACGGCCCAGGGCUCAGCCUUGCCUAGUGGCGGGAUGAUGAAGAGUACAGUAU